GAUGAGAAUAAAAAAGAUAAAAAAAGAAGCACUCUCUCUCUCUUUCUCUCUCGUAUCGAAAAAACCAUUCAAAACCCUAAAAGCUAGGGUUUCACCAGCUUUCGCACUCGAAUUAUGAUCAAGCAGCUUCGAAUAUUGUUGCUGGGUUGAUCUCUUGAGCUUCGCUCUCAAAUGGUCUUUGUUCUAAGAUAUGUUACUAGGGGUACCGUUGAGAUCCGAGAUCGAGCUGAUGGAACAUCGUUUCUCCUGAUUUUCGUUGAGAUAAGGAACUUUAUCCCUUUGGAGUGCAGUAUUGCUCCUUCUGUUGUGUAAUAUGGAGGAGAAUAUUAUGGGGUCAAGUAACUGUGAAAGAAGUGAUUCAACUAUUAUUGCCAAGUCUACUAUGUCAGUCAUUGAAUCAAGAUCCAUUGGGCAUGUCUCUGCAGACAAUAAAAAAGAGGGAGGCAAGUGUAGGCACUUUUCAAUUCGUGGAUAUGUUGCUGAAAUGCGCAAAAAAGACAGGAAGGUUUGUUGGCCAUUUCCAACAGUUGGUAACCAUAAUGAUAUGGAAAAGCUUCCUCCUUUGUAUGUUCCAGAAUUCAGAUGGUGGGGUUGCCAAAGCUGUCUGCAGAAAAUUGUUGCUAAAGAUUCUCCAUCUGAAGCUGGAAUGCUUGCCAAUUGUCAUAAUACUGGAAUUAGAAUCAACAUGAAUUUUUCAGAUGGAACUCCUGUUAUACUAUCCCACGGUGAUGCACAAAGGUUGCUUCAUGAUUUUCAACAUGCACCUGCAAUGAACAUGUGUGGAGAAAGAAAAGCCGAAUUAGAUGCUUCUACUAAUGUGAAUGGUGUUGAGUAUAGGCCAUUAUUGUGUGGUGAUAAGAAUGAAAAGGAAGCUGAAAUUGCAUGUAGUAUCAAAGAAGAUAUCUGUAGAUGUAAUGGCCAUUAUGGUAGUUCAGAGGAUUAUGUUAACCAGGUAAUUUUGAGACAAACUUAUGGUGGAACAAAAGAUGAUCCAUACUGCAGAAAGGAAAAGUUCAGUAGAGAAGGUAAACUUACCAUUACUUUUGAAAUAGACAAGCAAGGCUGCAAUCUAUCUGCCAGGGAAACUGCAACUGCUUCUCCAUUUGUUUCUCAUGACAAGAAAGCUUCUAAAACUAUUCCUCUGAAAUCAAAGAAUGAUGAAUUAAUUGAAUUUCAUAAACCAAACAACGAAAGGCAUGGAAGUGCAGUUGCCAGGGAGAAUGUUAGAAAGCUGAAAUGCAUGAGAAAUGAUUCCAAAAAAAUGUAUAACAAGGACCCAGAAGUUUGCACUGGCAAUGUAGGCAAAAUGAAUGGACAACACAGGCACAUAAUGACAGAAUGUGUGAUAUCCAAGGUAGCAGAUGCAGGCAUUCAGAAGAAUGAGUCUCCAAAUACUGCCACUUAUCAGAUGGGAAAACUUAAUCCAAUGGAUCUGGAUGAGAGUGACUAUGAAUUCUCUGAAAAUGAUGAGAACUUGAUUGGAGAUAAUCUUGGUUAUGAAUAUCAUGCAAACCAACUUGGGGGUAUUGGUGUUACUUUGCAGAAGAUCAAAACAAGAAAGGUUCGUAUGUUGACUGACAUAAUAAGAAGCGAGGUUUUGGCUGCAUCCAACAAAAAUUGUAGCUCUGAGAGAGAUGGAAGCAUUGAUCACACCAAGGUUGAGGGUGCUCAAUGUAAAGCAUCACAAAAUUCUUUUUCUGAGGCAGGCCUAUUUCCUGAGGACAAAAGUCACACCGCCAUCCAAGGAAAUGAUCAACAGGAUAUUCUGGUCAAGAAAAAGAAAAGGAAGAUAUCUUGGGAUGAAGACAAGGGGCCCUCCAGAAUGAUCCAGCCCAAGGAUGCUCCUCAAAAAGUUGGGAUCUCUAAGGGAGAUGCAGAAAUAAGAAAUAUUGAUACUACAGUUACUAAUUUUGAAGCAGUAGUUGAUACAUCCAUUAAGGUGGAUUCACAUCCUGGUUCUGAGGCAGGUUUGGCCAAAUGUAGAAAAGAUAAAAAGAUUGUCUUGUGUAAAAAGAAGAUGCCUAAAAGUGAAUGUAGGCAACCUUUCUUGGAACAAUGGCAAGAGAGUGUUCAAAGAGAAGUUCAGGUUAAGAGGGAUUUACAAGUCAAGUGUGCUGGGGCUGAAACCAUUUCCCUUAAAUCAGCAGAAGAUGCAUUUGCAGGGAGUGAUCAGAUAUCCGGUCUUCAAAGUUAUGUUGUUCCGCCAAACAAUGGUGGCAAACAUAUUUUGGGUAAGAAGAAAAAUAGAAUUCCUCCAGUUGAUGGAAUGUCCUUGAAUGAUGCAACAGGUCCUUAUAAAUCUUCACAAAGUGCACUUUCUAGAAUGGGUAGCCAUUGCAGUAUGAAAAAUCAUAUAGCAACUGAUAGAAAGUCUAUCAUGAGUAAGAAGUGUGACAAUGUGUCCUCUGUUGAAGGCAGAGGUUCUUUCCUAACAUGUGAACCAAAGGAAACAUCCAAUAUGUGCAAUUAUGAGAAUGUUACUGAAGUUGAUGGGAUUCCAAAAAUUUCAACAAGUCAAUGUGAUCAAGGGGCUGAUAAAGUGCAUGAACAGGCAGCUUCUGAUGACAUCCCCAUGGAAAUUGUUGAACUUAUGGCCAAAAAUCAAUAUGAGAGGCGUCUCUUUUAUGCAAAAGACACUUCUGAGAAGAGGUUCAACUUGACAGAAACAAUUGACAACAUCAAGGGUGCUCAUAUAACAAACUUUGCCGAAGCUUCUGAGGAUGAGCCAUUGGCAUUGCUGCAUAGGAAGAGCUCUCUCAUGCAAAGCUGGUCCAGGAAUGCAGGAAGUGGCAUAGGUUAUAAAAGUAAAAGUGUUAAACCAACCAAAUAUGCUGGCUGCCCUACUCAUCCCAAUGGAUAUAACACCAUCAAUUUCAAUGUUAGCCAGUCAGAGAAAGAACCUGCUUCUAUGAGAUUUACUCUAUUUCCAGAGUGUCAAGGGAAGCUAUCAACUGGAUUUCAGUUUCCUUUCACUUGUUCUGAAAGAAACUGUGGUACUCAAAAUUGUAAUUGGAGUAGGGAUAUGUUUGAGCACAGAUGUCCUGGGUCUUGUUUCCAACCAAUAGAAGCACAUAAUUUGUGUCAGAGCUCUUCCCGGCAGAAUUCAUGCUGCAAGGAAUUAUAUGAUGUUUGGUCCUUUGUGAGAAGAAAUAACAUGUCUUUUGGAAUUAAUAGCCCUCGGGAAUUUCUCACUGAAUCAAGUAACAUAAACAUGUUCUCCCAGUGUUCAGUCCCAUUACAAAAGGGGAACCUGAACAUGAAUCAUGGCCUGAAAUUGAUUAAUGAAAAUGUAUCCCAUCUUCAAAAGCAAAAAGUAGGCUUUGAAAUGGAUAUAGAGAAUAGGCCACAUCUUGCUUUCAGGGAUAAAGGAAAUGAGUGCCAUUCCAAAACGGUAGGGCCAUUGGAUCUGUAUACUAAUGAAACAAUAUCAGCAAUGCAUCUGCUUAGACUCAUGGAUGCUGGGGCAUGUUCAAGUACAAUUGUCAAUGUAAAUGGGAACCUGGAGAAGUUCCCCAAAAAGCCUCUCAUUCUCAAUGAUCAUCAUGACAAGGUGUUGUCAAGGCCAGAAUUUAGAGUAUCUAAGAAGAGUGAGGCCUUGAUUCACCCACUUUCAUGUGAUUAUUUUGACAAAAACAAUCAUCCAGGAAAAUCUUUUGAACAUUUUCCUCCAGCUCAUAUGGUAGAUAAGAUUGGUUCUUCAUUACAUAAAGAUGGAAAUUUUGGAAGAGCUAUUGGGUUUACAGAUGUGUUUGUGGAUAAAACUAAACCCCACUCGCUUACAUUUCAAGAAAAGAGGAAAACAAAAAGUUCCUCCACUCUGGCACAAACCAGAAGCCUGAAAUCACAGAGGUCAUCCUUCAAAAAUGAUAUUUCUAGAAAGAUACGUGGAUAUGUUUCUAAUCAUGAUCUGCCAAAAGGGUUCUCAUCUUUGGGUUCUAUUCGAUAUGAUGUACAAUCACAGGUUGGAGAAGAAUCAACCAAGCAUGUUCAACUGGAAGUCAGUAAGAAAGCUGAAACAAUAUCACCAGUGAAAGCCAUUCGUAAGACUGAAAUUUGCACCAUCAAUAGAAACCCAGCUGAUUUUACUCUUCCUGAGGCAGGAAAUAUAUACAUGAUUGAAGGUGGUGAUCUACCAUAUAGAAAGACAACAUCUAUUGAUAGAGUUGGCAUGAUUAAUAUGGAUGGGCAUAAGAGACAGAGGAUGAAGCUCACAACUAUACCUGUAAGCCCUCGACAAUGAUGAAAAGGUGGAGAUGCAGCUUUAGGGAUGCAACUUUUGGAAAUUGAAGCAUCACAUGAUAUCAAAAUUGUGUUAGACAGAAAUGUCUUUUUUUUCAAAUUCAGGGGCUUUCUUUGAUUAUUCUGUCAUCAUAAGUCAUCCAAAUGUUCUUGCAACUCUGUUAAAAAGCUAAGUAUCAGAAAACAACUUCUCACAUAUCACACAUAGAUCAGGCAUCGUGAUUCUUGAAACCUUGAUUCAUGGAGCUUUUACAGGUCCACAUAUGGGAAAAAAAAAGCAAGUUGUGGUGAAGCAGGUAUUGCUGGCAUUUUGAUAUUCUUCAACCUUGUAGAAAUAGACCUCAUGAUUUUCAGAACCAAGUGUACUGUGACGGUUUCAUGCUUUUGCAGGUUAAUGAAAUUCAACAGUUCUCAUUGGAUAGAGAGUCUCUUGAAUGACUCCUCUGUUUCAUUCAACUGUAGAUAUUGAUGGUGAAGUGUCCAGACGUUCUGCCACUAACCUAGUAGUGGAAGUGGAGCAAAGAGCAUAGCGAUCAGCUGUUUUAGAUCCAACAAUGUGAUCUCAAAAUCAUUUCUAUAUGUAUAAUUAUACUAGUACUCCUUCCAGUUGCAACUCUGCAGAGGUAAUUUCAGUUGGAUCUCUUCUAGUGUCAAAGCUUUGCAAGAUUUGCUAAUCCAACAGGGGAAGGAAGUUUCUACUAUACGAUGCAAAUAUGGAAUCUUUGGAUGAGUUGGGAAUAAGACUUAUGGCAUGAAAUUUGGUAUUAAAGUGAAAUAUAAAUAAAUCAAACUUUAUCCCUAGAAUAUAAAUCUGUUUCUUGGGUC